AUGCGUCUUCUCUAUUUUAUUUCCCUUCUAUUUCAAUCAAUAUCCUGUCAAAACAGACCCCUCAUCCGUGUCGGUAUAGCUGCAGCCUUGAAGACUCAAAACGGAUCGAUCGGUUGGGGAUAUACGGGCGGUGCAGUGCCCCUAGCGUUGCAAUUCCACGUGGAGUACACCGAAUGCGAUCUAUCAGAAGUUGUGAAAGCAGGCGUUUCAUUCAUGAAAACUAAUGACUACGAUGUAGUCAUUGGUCCCCCUUGUGCUCCGGCUCUCAAAAUGAUGGGCACCUUGUCUACGCUCUAUAAGAAACCCGUGCUCGGAUGGGGGUUUGUGAGCGAAUCUGAUUUCUCUGAUAUGUCAAGAUUCCCAUAUGUUACAUCGGUGUUGCCCAGCUCACAGACCCUAGGCGUCGUCGUUUGGAAACUUCUGGAACUAUACUCCUGGGAACGUAUCGCCUUGCUCUAUUUCAAAAACGAGUUCAAUUACUGUCACUCUGCUAUCAUGGACGUGGAGUCUUUGCUAUACCAAGAAAAUAUGUCUCAGACGGUGCGAGUGGUGGUAAAAAAAGAGUUGGACAAAACUAAUCCCGAAAGCUUUCAUAACACCCUACAGUUGGUCAAAUCAAGGGCGAGGGUAAUCCUUUGGUGUGCCCAAACUGGUGACGAGAAACGGUUCUACAUGAUUCAAGCUGCACUCCAACAAAUGAAUACCAGUGAAUACGUGCAUGUGAUGUUAUCAAUGAGAAGUGCUGGGUUUGGAGUCCAGUCAGCGGUCGGGAAGAAGCCAUUAACCCAAACCGGCUUACCACCAGUGUGGGAAUCCUUCCAAGUCGAGCCAGAUGGAUUCGAGGACUUGGCAAAGAGUACCGCUGCGAAAAUGCUCGUGAUAGACACCAACAGUGAGGUGCGUGACAAGGAAUUCCUGGAAUACAUGACGAAGAAUAUAGUUAAUGCAGUGAGAGCACCACCAUUGAGUUGUAUGGCUCCGGAAUGUUUGGCUGCGAAUGGGGCGUUCAUGGGCGGCUACGCACGUCAUCUAUUCGACGUCUUCUAUAUGUACGGCUUAGCAGUGUCUAGCCUAAACUCCACGGACCCCAAAGUGUAUCGUGAUUUGUCAUUGUUGAUUCCUCAGUUCACAACGCCUUUUGAAGGAAUGACGGGUGAGGUGAAGCUAAACGACGAGUUGUCACGAAUGCCAUUGUACCAAGUGUAUGCGUUGAAUAGUGAUUAUGACCAGAUAUCGCUUAUGAAUAUCAGUUUGAUCAAUGGAAGUGCGGGAUGUUGGCGGCCGAAACUGUGUCAAACCUCGGUCAUCGGCGUCGCCGGCACAGUAGAAGUCGAUGCUCAGCCCCCGUAUCGUCGCCAUAUGGUCUAUUUCCAGAGAGUCACUCUCGCCUACAAAGACGAGCCCACCGAUGUCUGGCACUUCUGGGGUGGUGUCCGGCCGCUAGACACCCCGAUUUGCGGAUUCCACGGAAAAUCCUGCCCGAUCCCAUUUUUCGAUCAAUACCGUAUCCUGAUUAUCGUCGCCGUGGCAGUAGCAGGCCUCCUGGUACUAGCUAUCUUCACGUGUCUUUCUUCCAUGAUAAGGAAUCGACGCGUCGAACAAGAACGCCUGAAUUCCGAGUGGCAGAUCCAUGCGAUCAAAUUGAGACUCCCAAAAAUAAACAAUGAUCGGAGAAAGUCAGUUUUAUCAGCGGAUUCUGGAGAGGAAUCCGAAGAAGAUGACGUCUCCAGAAGCACUAAGAAUUCUGGAAUCCGUAAAUUCAAUGAGAACUAUGUAAUACAGAUUCUGGAGAACGACCUUGUUCUAACCACUGCUCAUCAGAUACAUGAGCUUACUAACCUCGAAAAAUCGAAGCUGGUGAAACUGAGAAAACUGGAUGACGAGUUUGUGAACAAAUUCAUCGGAUUAUCGAUUGAUGGGUCGAGAUGUCUGGCGGUGUGGAAGAUGUGUCCGAGAGGAUCGCUACGAGAUAUCAUGUUGAAAGGCAAUUUCUCGAUGGACUAUUUCUUUAUGUUUUGUAUGAUUAGGGAUGUUGCCGAGGGCAUGAACUAUCUGCACAAAAGUUUCCUGCGCCUCCAUGGAAGGCUCCGCUCUGCGAUAUGCCUUGUCAAUGAGAGUUGGCAAGUGAAACUAUCGGAUUACGGUUUGGAAUUUUUGGUGGAUGAGGAGGAGAGACCAGCAAAGAAGCGGUUGCUCUGGGUGGCUCCAGAAGUUCUCCGAGGAUCCUUGACGGUUAGUCAGAUGGCACCAAGUGCGGAUAUCUACUCAUUUGCUAUUAUCGCAUCGGAGAUUUUAACGAAGAAGGAGGCGUGGAACUUGCAUAAGAGGAAGGAGGGUUAUGAAGAAAUAAUCUACACCGUAAAGAAGGGCGGUGCAGAUGUGCUCCGUCCGGAUCUUCACACAGAGCCUGACGUCAAUCAGACCCUUAUCGCAUUGGUCAAAGAUUGUUGGUCGGAAAAUCCAGACGACCGCCCGUCGGCUGAAACUAUCUGUAAUAUUAUACAUGAAAUGACACCGAAGACGAAAGAUAAUCUGAUGGAUCAUGUGUUUGCUAUGCUUGAGGAGUAUACGACUAGUCUGGAGGUGGAUAUUCAGGAGAGGACGAAAGAGUUGUCGGUGGAGAAGAAAAAGUCGGAUAUCCUGUUGGGUAGAAUGUUGCCAAAACAAGUAGCGGAACGUCUGAAAGCCGGUCAAGCCGUCGAACCGGAAAGUUUCGACACCGUCACCGUAUUCUUCUCAGAUCUUGUCAAGUUCACCGAUCUGGCUUCAAAGUGUUCCCCAUUUCAAGUGGUGAAUUUGCUGAAUGAAGUUUUCAGCAAUUUCGAUGCAAUUAUAGAGAAGCACGAUGUUUAUAAGGUAGAAUCCAUCGGGGAUGGUUAUCUCUGUGUGUCCGGAUUGCCUAUAAGGAAUGGUGUAGAUCAUAUACGGUAA